GAGACUCGCUAAGUUUGCCCAACUGAAAAGCCUUAGGGCACUUUUAAAAAGAAAAAAAAAAAUCAAUAAAUACAUACAUAAAUUGUUUUUAUAGCUCUCCAAUUGCAAUGGCGAAUUCCUCUAGAAGGUUGAGAUCGGCGUUUGAGAGGUCAAUCUCACCCACCGGCCGGUUCUGCAACACCAUGGCGGCAACUGAUGCGACGUCGUUCGCUUCGUACAGGACCUCUAGCUUUUAUUCGUAUCCAUCGCCUGGUUGUUUCAACCGAUCGGCUUCUCCGACGCGCGUGAAUCUGCACGCGCUGGCGCCGAUGAAUUCUACGCCUAGCGUUAAGUUCUCCAUCGACAGAUCUAGCUCUCCUCGCCGUUCCGUGGCAGUGUCUCAGCGUGAGCAGGUGGUUCGGAAGCAGAUUCCGAAAAGGACGUGCUUGUGCUCUCCGACGACGCAUCCUGGUUCGUUCAGGUGUAGUAUGCAUAAGAAUAUGAGAAAUACUCCUUCUAUUUCGUAUUCGCCUAGCCGAUUGAAUGCUCGGCGAUCGGCGAUGACGAACUCACUGGUACGAAUCUGGUCUGUUGAAGGUGAUUUAGUAAACCGUGCUCUGGCAGCUCUUAUUAGGCCUUCUUCGCAUCAUCAGAGACGUCGAGGUGACUUUCAACCGCGUCCUAGCCGGCUUUCCAGAAUGUCCAAAGUAUAACCUAUGAAAAAGUUUCCGUUUCCGUGGUUACAGGUUGGUGAUUUUCAUAUAUUAUCUGAAGCUCAUCUCCUGAGAGUUUUCCGGCGAUGGCGUCAGAUUCCAGCUGCUGUUUUUACUACUCCGACGAAACGAAAGCUAUGGCAAUUUUGAUACAGUACGGAAGUAGUAGAAUUCUCCCUUGUACAUAUGGAUUUGCAGUAACUGAUGCAAUUGAACGACAAUUUGGACUUUUAAAUUCUAUAAAAAUAACCAGGAAAUUAAAUUUGAUUAAAUUUUAACUAAAAACUGUAAAACAUCAUAAGGCAUUGGAUAUGGUUGAGAAAUUUGUGUGGGCUCUUUUGUUGUUUAGUGGAGUUGCGUGACUUGUUUC